AUGGCCGCCAACAAGACCUCUGGCGGGAACAACGCGUUCCACAACUUCAACAAUGACUUCGCCCACAUCGAGGACCCCAACGAGCGUCGCCGCCUGGCCCUCGCCGAGAUUGACAAGGCGCCCUUUGGCUGGUAUCACGUCCGCGCUAUCCUCGUAGCCGGCACCGGUUUCUUCACAGACAGCUACGACAUCUUCUGUGUCUCGCUGCUAUGUAUCAUGUUGGGCAUCGUCUACAAGCACGACAACAAGGGUGUCUUGUUGACUCCUCAGGAUACCGCCAUCAAGCUGUCCACCUCGGCUGGUACUGUCAUCGGUCAGGUUGGCUUCGGUGCUCUUGCCGACAUCGUCGGUCGCAAGAAGAUGUACGGUCUUGAGCUGAUCCUCAUCAUUGUCGCUACAUUGGCUCAGUCCCUCACCGGCCCUGGUCCGGGCACUAGCAUUGUUGGUCUGAUCAUUUUCUGGCGUGUACUCAUGGGUAUUGGUAUCGGUGGUGACUACCCGCUCUCAAGUAUCAUCACUUCCGAGUUUGCUACCACCAAGUGGCGUGGUGCCAUGAUGGCCGCUGUCUUCUCCAUGCAAGGUCUUGGACAGCUCGCUGGUGCUCUGGUCAUGCUCUGCUUGACUGCCGGUUUCAAGGACUCCCUUUCUAGCGCUGUCGCUACCACCACCCCCAAGACCACCAACUACCAGAACUGCGUCGGUGACUGCGCCGUCUCGGUUGACAAGAUGUGGAGGGCUCUUAUCGGUAUCGGCGUCGUUCCCGCCGCUAUCGCUCUCUACUACCGUCUCACUAUCCCCGAGACCCCGCGUUACACCUUCGAUGUUGCUCGUGACAUCGAAAAGGCCAACGCUGAUACUGAGAAGUACCUCUCCGGCAAGCACGGUGAGGGUCACCCCGAUGAGAUUCAGGCUAUUGCCGCCCGUCGUGCUUCGGUUGAGCAGCUCGAGGUGCCCAAGGCCUCAUGGUCCGACUUCUUCAGCUUCUACAGCAAGCUCCGCAACGGAAAGAUCCUGUUCGGCACUGCCAUGUCUUGGCUAUUGCUCGAUGUUGCCUUCUACGGUCUCGGUCUGAACGCUUCUACCGUCCUCCAGGCUAUCGGCUAUGGCAGUGGUUCUAAUGCUUAUCAGCAGCUGUACAACCUUGCUGCCGGUAACGCCAUUCUUACUUGCGCCGGUGCCAUCCCUGGAUACUGGCUUGCUGUUGCUACUAUCGACGUCGUUGGCCGCAAGCCCCUCCAGCUGAUUGGGUUCGCUUUCCUCACAAUCCUCUUCAUCGUUUGGGGUUUCGCCUACCACCACCUGUCCAGCCAUGCUAUGCUUGCCAUCUACGUCCUCAUCCAGCUCUUCUUCAACUGGGGUCCCAACACUACCACUUUCAUUGUUCCCGGAGAGUGCUUCCCUACCCGCUACCGUUCCACCUCCCACGGUAUCUCUGCCGGCUCUGGAAAGAUCGGUUCGAUCAUUGCUCAGGGUGCCAUCGCUCCUCUGCGUACCCGCGGCUACGUGACAGGUGCUAAGGACACCAGCCCAUGGCUCAACCACGUCAUGCAGAUCUUCUCUGCCUUCAUGUUCGCAGGUGUUUUCACCACGCUGCUCAUUCCUGAGACCAAGCGCAGGACGCUUGAGGACCUCGCCAUGGACUGGGACAUGGGUGGUGAGAGCAUUACGGGCGGGCCUGUCGCCAACAAGGCUACGGAUGCCAACAGCGACGAGAACGAGCACAAGACUGUCUAA